GAGCCGGAGAGAUCCCCGCGGGCCGCGAGCAGGGAAGUCAGGCACCUGGCGGCGGAGGACAGUAACACAGGAUAGAAGGGGAAAUCUCUCUCUCCCUCUCUUUUCUGCAAGAGAUCCUCCUGUUUUUCUCCCAACUCUUAGCAUAACCUUCGAAGAAGAUCAACCGCUACAGACUUUCUUAUCUUGUGGUUUUUUUUUUUUUAAUUAUUAUUAUUGAGGGAAUACCUUCAGCUGCAAAACAAUCUUGGAAUCUAUGCGGGACUUGGGGCGUUUUGUUAUCUCGCCGGCGAAGUCGUUCAUCACUGCUGCCUUGCUCUCGCAGGGUGCUCAGUUGGCUACCGGAGUGGGCAUGGCGAGAGCGGCUUAUAUCAUACACUCUUCAGUUUGAACACAUUUCCUUGAAAUUUGCUGCAUGAUGCCAUCCGAGGAAGCAGGAUUUUUCCUCGGGAUGCAGCGAUUCGUCGGCAUGUGAGCUUAUUGCAGAAGGAAAAAAAAACCCAAAUCUUCAACGGAGUGUUUUUUUUUUCUUCUUUUUUUUUUUCCUGUCUCCUUUCACUGCCAGAGGACGCGAAUCUCUUCCACCGGGGAAAGAUCACCUGUCGCUUUAAUCCUUAAGGGAGGUUUUUUUUUUUUUUUCCCUUAAAAAAAAAAAAAAGUGAAUUAUUUUAUUUAUUUAUUUAUUUUAACCGGUGGAGGCGUGAUCGCGGAGAAUGAGACUGAGAGGAGCUGCCGGGCUUUGGAGGACAAGGCUGAGUUUAGGCUGGAAACUGAGAGACUAGAUUAACCCCCCUCUUUUCUUUUUUUGUUUGUUUGGGUUUUUUUUGUUUUUGUUUUUUUUUUUGUGUGUGUUUUUUUUUUUUUUUUUUUGGAGGGGGGCACAACUUCCCUUCUUCCCCAACGCUCUGCGCUCAAUUUCUCCGAAUGGACAGAUCAGGCAACCUAGCCACGGAGGAGCUCAAGAUGACACGAGAGCAGUAUAUUUUAGCAACACAACAGAACAGCCUUGCAAGGACUGAAAAUCCUCAAUUUUACCCAGUAGGGAUUUAUGGAUGGCGAAAGAGGUGCUUAUACUUCUUUGUACUUCUGCUGUUGGUUACCAUGAUUGUUAACUUAGCAAUGACAAUAUGGAUUUUGAAGGUCAUGAAUUUCACAGUGAGACUGUUGCUGCACUUUGAACAGAACUUCUGGUUUAAAUUCAUCCAAAAGGAAUCCCCUUCAAAUGCAGAAAAACUGCCCCACAGUCUGAGCCAACAUGGAGAUGGAAUGGGAAAUUUGAGAGUCACUAAAAAAGGAAUACGACUUGAAGGAAUAUCUGAAUUUCUACUUCCACUAUACGUGAAAGAAAUCAAUUCCCGAAAGGAUAGCCCACUGGUCUUACAGUCUGACAGAAAUGUAACAGUGAAUGCGAGAAAUCACAUGGGACAGUUAACUGGACAACUGACAGUAGGAGCUGAUGCUGUGGAGGCCCAGUGUAAGAGAUUUGAAGUAAGGGCAAGUGAAGGUGGAAAAGUAUUAUUUUCUGCAGAUGAAGAUGAGAUAGUCAUUGGAGCUGACAGACUGAAGGUAACAGGCACGGAAGGGGCAGUGUUUGGACAUUCCGUGGAGACACCCCAUAUCAGAGCAGAACCUUCCCAAGACCUCAAACUUGAAUCUCCAACUAGAUCUUUGGUGAUGGAAGCACCCAGGGGAGUGCAAAUCAAUGCAGCUGCAGGAGAUUUAAAGGCUACAUGUAGAAAAGAACUGCACUUACAGUCUACAGAAGGGGAGAUAUUUUUAAAUGCAGAUACAAUCCGCCUGGGAAAUCUACCAGUGGGCUCCUUCUCCUCCUCUUCACCGAGCUCUUCAGCUCCUCGCCAGACUAUCUAUGAGAUCUGCAUCUGUCCCAAUGUUCUGCUCGGUUUCCCUUGUGACAAGUUCAACGCUUCAAAUGGCCUGCAGAGCAACUUCUUCCAGUGUAAGCAGGAAUACAGCGCUGCCUUCUCUCGUGGUUUGUGUUACCACUCAACGUAGAGAUGGGAGUGAGAUAUUCAGAAAUCAAUGUAUUCUUCAUCAGGAAACCUGGAACAUAAUAUCACCUUUUGUCCAAAAGGGAGAAUAACACAGGUGCCUUUGCUACAUGAAGUGAAGCACAUAGUUUUAGAUUUUUGCAGGACCUGGAUAUGAACUGCAUAUAUAUAUAUAUAUACAGUACAUAAACAAAUUUGCCCAGAAUCUGAUGGUGAGAUGAAUUGGUUAUCCCUGUAUGAUAAUUAACUCUACUGUCUGAAAGCACAAUUUUCCAUUCAUCUUUUUUGGAUGUAAACUUUUAUCCCCGAAUUUUAAAAUUUUGAAGCAUUGUGUGAUGCUUGCUUUACUAAACAAUUAAAUUCAGUAAAUGGUUUUUAACACAAAAAGAGACAGAAUCCCUCCCUGAGUUUGGUUUCUUUAGAAGUGUGUUGUUACUCUUUGUCUACUCAGUCUAGGGUUUUGUACACUAGGUAAAUUUUGGAAGUGCUCAGCAAUAUUACCUUUCAGAAUGAAAAAGACAUCUGUUCUUGUUUGUCUGAUCUGAAUGGCCUUAUAUAUUAAUUUUGUGGCUACUGCAUGUGAAGCGAUUGAUUUCAGUAGAUUUUGGGAAAGAAGAACAGGGUAAAGAGGGAAAUACUGAUGAUAUGUCUUUUGACCAGUGUAUUGCUCUUCAUAAAGUAAUUAUAAUUGGCAAAUGAAAAAAAAAAGUCUUCAAAGUUACAUCUGUCCAUUUUCUAGCUAACUGCUGCCAUUUGAGCACAGCAUAAACAUUAGUGCUAAUGCAAUGUGUAAUACUGAGAAGCAAUUCACUGACAAGUGGUAUGACACUCAUUUUUUAUUCUCUUUCGUUUACCAUCUGCUGCUAAAGUUUCAAAAUAACAGUAACACAUAUAUAUACAAACAUAUAUCAAAUUACAUUAAAUAUGAAGAAAAUACAUUAAAUAAGUACAUUAAUAUUAUGUUGACUUCAUCAGGUCUGUGUUUAAAUUAUGCAGCCCCAUUUGCACCAAGAUCUCACUGCUGACUUCUUAUUUUUGACCAGUUUAAGAUGGGAUUUCUUACUUGUAUCAAGGUUCAUACUUGAUUCAUUUGAUUUGUAAUAGAAAUCUUAUAUAAAAGCUUUGGUAUACUGCUACAUUAAUUUAUCACAACACUGAUUAACAAGAGUAUCUUGAAACUUACAGAAUCCAGGAAUGUAAAACAGUUUAAAAAUGCUUCCUAUUCUGGAAGAUGGCUUGAUUACAUAAGGUAAGUGCACUUUUUAAUACUAUCCUUUAAAUUACAUCACCUAGCAUGUAGCUAUAGAGGCUUCUGAAUGUAAGAUGAUCAAUUCAGUGACAGCUUUUGCAAGGUCACUCUGAAGGGCAAAGAGUGAAAGGUGAGUAUUUCUACAGAGUAUAUUUUUUUGUCUUUGGAAAAAAAAUAGGAAAAGAAGUAACCAAAUGUUUUGAUUACCUAUUUUAUUACCACCUAAUAAGGAUUUUGUUUUCACUUCAGGUGAAAUUCACUCCUAUGCAGAAGACCAGCACAAGAUGUGUGCAUGGCUUAACUGGUGCUUGUCUUUCCACUGCCUCUCUUCAGAGGCGUGAAUUUCACCCCAUAGCAAGAAUGCUAAACUUCUGUUUUCUAGCAGUUAAAUCAAGAUUUUAAAUUGAUUUUAUUUCUUCAAAAGAAGGCUAUUAAGAAAUAUUUUUUGUUAGUUUAAUAAUUUAUUAUUUCACUUGUAAGAAAAUGUAUUUGAAAGUAUUGCAAGAAAAUAUAUUGGAAGCUUGGAGAUUCUUAGUAAGAGGGACAGAAACAGAUACAAACAACAACAAAGAUAAUAAAACAUUUGAAAGUCCAUCCAUGCAAUAUACACUUAAAACCAAAAGGAAAUAAAUUUCUUUUUCCACUUUUUUCUUCUACUUUUUACAUAAGUAAUAGCAUGGAAGUGUGAAAGUCCAAGGAUGAAAAGAUAAAUAGUAUUCCAGGAGUACAAGAUAAAUCCAUAUGCAUUCAUUAUCUCUGCACGCCCACAAACACUGGUUGCUUCAAAGAUGAAAAGGUUCUACUGACUUAUCUAUUCAGUAAAUUAAAUUUUACCUUACAAAUUUCAUACAAAUUGAUUAAGUUUUUAUUUUUUAUUCUCCAAUAAAUCCACAGGAAUGGCUUUCAGAUACUUUGUCAUGGAUUUUCCAUUGAACAUUUCUUGUUUGUUUGUUCUUCACCUUAUAUGAUAAUUUACCUGUAGUACAUUUCUAGCCGCUGAACAGAUAGGCUGAAACUUUAUAAGAAGCAGAAAAAAAUAAACCAAAACCACAUCUGCAUGUAUUUCAUAACUGCAUUCAUAUUUAUAAGGAUGAAAUAUUUUACCUCUGUGUAUGAGGAAAACUUUGGACAGAUACGUAGAUGGUACGUUGGACAAAACCAAGCCAGUAAGUCCACAAAGCUUUGCACUGUCAGGAUUUUUGUGCUAGCAGUCAUUUCAAUCUGCCCCAUACUAUUUAUGAUAACAAUAUUAGCACAAGUAAAUUUGGAAGCUUCAGGAAACUAUAAAAUGGUUCUCAUAAAUGUCUUAAUAUUUUGGUGACUUUCAUAAUAGUGAUAUUUACAACUACUGAAAGCUAUAAGACGGGGAAAAGAUAAGUUUUCAUUUUUAAGAGGUUUUCUAGCCCACGUGACUUCAAAGAGUAUUAGAAAAGGGAUUUCAGUGCAUUGAAAGAACUAAAAACAUCAGAACACCAUAAAUAAAUAAGCAGUGUCAGUGUUUCUGAGUGGGAAGAGAAACAAAUUUGGUAUUUUUCAAUGUUUAGAGCUGCAAAUAGUAGAGCUCUUUGGUUUGUAGUGUGCUUCAAAAAAUGACACAGUUGAUCAAAUAAUUUCAGAUGUAAGAAAACUGAAAGAUCUCAGUGCAAAUACCAUGUUAAAACAUAGAGCCAUACCUUUAUUAUUUCAGUCCUAGUUUUGUAAUGUUGAGGCAUAAAAUAAAGGUCGUUGUAUGCAGAACCAUUCGGAAAUUUUUAGUUAUUUUUUGGGUCACCUUUCUCAAAGAUUAUUGGCCCUUUCUGCAAGUUGUUUCAGUCCUUGUUAGUCAUGUAUAACGUCCAGUAUUCAUGUGAUGUAAAGCUCCUACUGUAUCUCUAACCAGAGUGCUUAUUUAACUAAAAAUUUUGAUCAGUUAUUUCAGAAGAGAGAUGUCGCUUCUUAUUCCAACUAAGGCUGAGUUUCCCAUUAAUAAAUCAUUCUGUUGGAUCAAUUGUAGAGACAGACUGAAGACCUCAAGGUAUUUUUAAUCAUUAAUAUUUUAGCAAUUAAAAAAAAUACUAAAAUUACUCUUUUGAGGCUCUUUCUAUUAUAUGAAUACAUGUAUCAAAUAAAGCUUCUUUUUGUACUCAAAUGUUUUGGAACCACUAAGAUGGUAUUGCAGCUGUUUGACUUUUCCAGAGCUAUCCCUAUGGCAACAGUGAAAUACACGAAAAGACCUUAUUAGCUACAUGUAUUUAAAGCAGACAAGACAUUUAUCUUCUAUAAAAAUAUGCAUCAUUAUAUUAUAGGAUACUGUCUCUUUCUUGUUUAAAAAAGAAAAAUAAAAGCAUCAGCAAUCUCUCUGAGCACUGUUAGCUGUAUGGUUUUGUACUGCAAUUCAUUCAUUGGUUAAGCGAUAAGACCAAAGACUGACACUUCUACUUUAUCUAACACUACAACACCUACUAAUUCUGUUGGAAUGAAGAGACAAGUUGUAAUGACAACAUGAAAUUGUAACAUAGUUUAGAUUUGUACAGCAUUUUGAGCUGUAGAUUGUUCACUUUUUCCCAGUUAAUUUUUUUUUUCCAACAUUUUGCAGUUAUGUUACUGCUCAUACUUAAUAUGAAUCUUUGGGUGUUCUUAAAAAGAGGAGAGUGUAUAUUCCAAAAUGUGCCAAGAUAUUGCUUCUUUCAACUGAAGCUAUACUGUUUUGUUUGUAAAACGGUGGUUUGACUGGACAACACAAUUUCAUUUUUUAAAAUAUUUUAGACGCAGAGGGCUAUUAAGUCUGUGUUGAAGAUACAGCCAUAAAUGCCUGGAAGGAUUUUAUGAAGGAUGCUUAAGAUACUCUGUUAACACUUUGUAUUGUUUUUUAUGGUUUUGGUUUAAGAUUCUAAAUCAUUGUUUUAAUAAUAAAAAAGAAAACACAUUAUGGACUUACUAUCAGCUGAUUCACAGUAAUGAAUAUGUAAACUGGAUCAAAGGUUGAGUGUCAUAUUGUUUCAAUAAGUACUCAGUAAAGGUCUGCUAACCAUUUUUGUUUUGUAAUUUUCACGUUAAUGAUUUUCUUGUGUAUAUAAUAUAUAAAAAGAUGGGAACUAUUUUCUUACACAUACUAUGCAAUAUGUUUGUAAAACUGCAAUAUUACCAAAAUUACAAAAGCUGUGCUUUUGUACUCUUGCUUUAUGUAAAACAAAUCUUUUUUCUAUUUAACAGAUUGUCUGUCAUAAUUGUAGAUAACAUUAUUCAAAAGCAGUACACUAAAACUUUAAGACUUUUUAUUUCAUUUUCCUCGGGUGUUUUUUUUUUUUUUUUUUUUUUUAAUGACAAUAAUAGCAAGGUUUUGGAAGUUGGAAAUGUCGUUUUUUUCUUGGAAAGAUAGAAAUUUUGCAGCAUGUAAUUAACACAGUCUGAAAUCUCCUGUAUUUCUUCCCUUUGAUUUUGCAUUUUUAUCUGGUGCUACUGUAGAACCAUGAAUAAAUGUGAUCUAUACAUUAGGGAACAUAUCAGAAUUCACUUCAGGAAUAACAAAAUGGGAAACUUUUUAAGGGUGGGAGGAGGAUGCAGAAUAACAGAUGAAAAUUUGUUGGUUUUUCUAGUUUGUAUUCUUCUGUCUAAAUUAGCUGAAAGGUAGUAGCUUUUCUCCUCACACAACAUAAUACAGUUUUGUUUCAAACAUACUUUUGAAGACAUAAACUGCACUUAAACAUAGUAUUUGUGUAAAGAAAAUCAGAAUAUAAAAAAGUAUGGGUUUUAUUUCUAUAUCAGCUUUACUAAAGUUAAAAUUAAGAGUCCUACAUCUCUUCUGCUGUAAAGGCAUAUUAUACUGUAGAAGUUCCUUUGUAGCCUGCCAGAAUAUAUACAAAAUAUAUGUUUAAACUGCAGCAACAAGCCACUUGGCAAUUAUACAGCCAUCUCAGAGGUUGCGGUGGUCUCAUCAAUGCGGACAAGUCCUACCUGCUUUUCAACUGGUAUCAUUUCUGUUCACCACACAGCCUUGCACAUAGCUGUGGCAAAAAGCAGGGUAAGCAUGCAGGUGAUUUGUUUGCACUGAGUAACUUUGUGCUAUGCUAUGGUUUUAGCAAUAUCCACAGUAGCCAAACAGUAGCUAACUGAAUAAUGCCUAAAAAAUUGCAGUUUCUGCACGAGCAAGAGUUGUAUAGGCCUGUCAGUAGUGUGGGUCAUUCUGUUUGACGUGACUAAUAGAUAGUAGCUGAUAGAGCAGGAAAAGAUACUCUUAGCCAUUUUAUUCUGGUUUGGGCUAGUCCAAUCCAGGGAAAAGCUAAAUGGUACAAAAAAAGUAAAUGGAAGGUUUAGUGAAGCAGAACAAAACUACAUAAGCCUUGUGUUGAUUCAACAUAGCCCACACUGAAACCAAAAUUUAAUACAAGCUCUUCAUGUAAAAAGUUUCCCCUGAAACACUAAAUUGACCAUGGGUUAUGGUUUUUUGAAUUUUAAAAUAUUAUUUGAUCUUUAAACAAUACAUACCUUAUACAGACCACAACCAGGACAAGUUUCAGAACACAGAAGGAAAAAAAAUCCAUAUAUUACAAGCCUGGUGUGAUGUGAGCAAAUAUUACAUACAACAAAAAUCAACUUAGCCUACUUAUCUGAGAAAAUAAAAUCAUCAGAAUAAGAAAUAUUCCCUCCAUUUUGAGAAAAUUAAAACUAUCAGGAUAUCUUACCUAAGGAAUUCCCAGCUGUUCCAAUGUCUCAGUUUCUAAAGCGUUUAAACUGUUAGAACCAUUUAUAUUUAAAAAGCCUGGCCACCUUUGGCUUAACCAAGUUCACUGAAUGCAUUACUUGAUCUGAGAAGAAAAGGUGCCUUUUUUAUCACACAUAUACCUCUUGUUUGUGAGACCUGUGAGGGAAAAGUUCAGUUUCCAGCAUGAUCCAGAGCAUAUUAACAAGAAGGACUUACACACAAGAGAAUCAUUCCUGAAGGUCAGAUGUUGAAUUUUUUGUGUGCUUUAUCGUAUUUUGGAAUCCUGCCUGCAGUCAUUCUUCACCACAGGGGGAAAAAAAAAAAAAAAAAAAAAAAAAAAAGGUAAACACGCCAUUAUUUUCCUUUUGUAGGUGGUUUAUAUUCAUUUUUUCUUAUCCCAAAUCCUGAAGAAGUUAGAGAAAGUAAAAAAGUAAAACCCUCCCCCUUAGCUUCCACCCAUCAUUACCUCUUCAGCUAGGCUUCAGCUGUUCAUUUUAGCCUCCUUUUUUUUCCCACAAACAAUAAAGGAAUAGGCAACAGAAAGGAUUUUGCUAAGUCUCUUUAUCAAGCUCCUGUGUAGCAUACUGGAACUGUGUUAAAGGGGAAAUUUCUUAUGAAGAGGAAGUUUAUUUGCUUAGUGAAAACAAAAGUUAUAUAAGAUGGAAACAAACUCAGGUAAAUAUCAAUUGUAAUCCAAUUUACUAGAAUGGAGAAAUAUUUUGGACUAUGAAAUCCUUAAUAACUUUUUAUUUCAAAUAACAUUUCUCAUUUAAAACACUGUAAAAGAAAUUUAAAAACAUACUAUGCUAUCCUGUUAACAUUUUCUUUUUUUGAAAAUACGCUAGAAAAGUAAUUAGUGAGCUCAUUAUUUGUCCCUCUCUAUGAUUGCACUCAUUUAUUUUAAUAAAUGUCAGUGACUAUAUACAUCCUAUAAGUUACAUGGUAAAAAUGUAUUUAAUAAAUCUACAAAAAAUAGAAGAUGAAAUAAUUGUUCCUGUAAGUCAUGGGUGACAUUCUCAUUCAUCCUACAUAAAUUAAGAAUUCGAUUUCUUUUUCAAUCACAUUCCUUUCUGUUGUUCUGUAAGAUUUUUGGGAGAUCAGGAGCCCCUGAUGGAAGGAAAUAUUCUAUCUAUAUAGUGGUAGAGGCAGCUGUGGUAGCUUACUGGGGCUCUGAGCAGGAUAUGAAAGCAUAUAUGUUUAUGUCAACAGGGAGGGCCUCCUGCAGCAGUUCUCCUUUUUGAAAACAAUAGUCAGAGUGAUUUCCAACCCUGUGUUCAUCAGGGUGAGUAAGAGAAGGCAUUGCAAUGGCUUGAGCAAAAAGGCAGGUUGUGUUUGAUCUGCAUAGGAAUGGGGAGAAGAAUGAUGCACAGGUAGUGAGUCCAAAUUGGCCUCGAUGCAAGAGUAAACAAUAGAAAUAUAAUUGAAAGCUGCUUUGUUUUGUUUUUGUUGGUUUUUUUUGUUUGUUUGUUUUAAGUGGGAAAAAAAAAACCACCAAAAACCGUGACUAGGCUUCUCCCUAAGCCUAAUGAUUACUCAGAGAAAUUGACAGAAAGCCAGGCAGAGAUGAAUGUCUUUAUGUCUUUGUAUUCAUGGAAUUUUCCUUUCUGGACUAUUUUGAAAAACACCACUGGAAAGGAGAAAAGCAUAAGAAAGUAUAAAUUUUGUACUUCUCAAAUAGAAAGUGACAUUGAACUCUGUAUAUGUGUGUUUUUAUUUAUGGCAGAAAGAGCCAAAAGUAGCCCAGUGGAUUCAGAUACUCUUAAAGGCAGUAGGAGCACUGACUAAUUCCACAUCUAGGUUUUAAAUGUUAAUUGAAAGUUUAUGCAUAAAUCAAGUUACAUGUUCCAUGUUUUUUUAUACUGCGCUUCUAAAAUGCAUCAUUAACAUUAGUGUAACUUUCUCUGAAAAUUGUUCCUACUUAUAACGACAGGUGCCACUUGGACUCCCACACAUGGAGAGCUUUAGACUGAUUGUGCAGUCUUCACUCGUUAGUCUAAACCAAAUUAACGAAUUAUGAGAUGUCCAAGAUUAUUCAUAAAAGGAAAUGGCAAUAAAAAUCUACUGCUGCUGCAUUUUCAUAUUUCAGCCUAAUAUUUUCCUAGUGGUAGAUGGAUUGCAUUGUUUCUGGAAGCAAUAUAUUUGAUGUUCUCAGUGUCCCACCAGACUAGAUCUCUGCUCCAUGGAGAUUUUAGGGAAAUGACUUCUUGUCACUGAGGUUUGGCUUUGAUUUCCACUGCAUUGGUUAUCUUUAGAAUUCCCAUAAUCCUUAUUUCUAUGUGUAAAGGUGUGAGAAGAAUUUGAUAGCAGCUACUAACGCACAGGCAAACCUUCAGGAUACCAUUGAUUUGGAAAUCAUUUCUAAGACCAGAAAUAAGCCACUCACAACAGAUCACUAAAUUGUUCAAGUUGGAAGGGACCUUUAAAGACCAUCUGGUCUAGCUUUCCUGCAGUGAACAGGGACACCCAUAGCUAGGUGAGGCUGCUUAGAGCUCUGUCCAGCCUGACCUUGAAUGCCUCCAGGGAUGGGGCAUCCACCACCUCUCUGGGCAAAUCCAUUCCAGUGCUUCACUAUCCUUAUUAUAAAAAACGUUUUUCUUAUAUCGAAACUAAAUCUCCCCUCUUUUUAUUUUGAAACCCUUACCCUUGUCCUGAUACAGCAGAUUGCUAAAGAGUCUGUCCCUGUCUUACUUAAAGUCGCCAUUUAAAUACUGCAGAGCUGCUAUCAGAUCUCUCCAGAGUUCUCUUCUCCAGUCUGAACAGCUUCAGCUCUCAUCCCAUCCCCACAAGAAAAGUGUUCUAUCCCUAGGAACAUUUUUGUGGCCUUCCUCGGGACAUGAUCCAGAAAGUCCAUGUCUCUCCUGUACUGAGGACUCCACAUCUGGACACAAUACUCUAGAUGAGGUCUCACGAGUAGAGAGCAGAGAGACAGGAUCAACUCCCUUUACCUGCUAGCCACACUUCUUUUAAUGCAGCCCAGAAUACAGUUGGUUUUCUGAGCUGUGAGUGCACAUUGCUGAUUCAUAUCUUGCCAUCCACUAGUACCCACAAGUCCUUUUUUGUCUGGACUGUGCUAUAUCCUUUCAUCCUCCAGCUUGUGCUGAUAAUCACAGAAUCACCAAGGUUGGAAAAGACCUAAAAGAUCAUCCAACCAUCCACCCAUCACCAAUAGUUCUCACUAAACCAUGUCUCUCAACACAAUGUCCGAACAUUCCUUGAACACCUCCAGAGAGGUAGUAUUUCCUAACAUCCAGUCUGAAUCUCCCCUGGCGCAGCUUGAAGCCAUUCCCUCUAGUCCUAUCGCUAGAUACACAACAGAAGAGGCCGAUUCCCUGCUCACUACAACCUCCCUUCAGGGAGUUAUAGAGAGCAAAUAACGCUCUCUAGAUAGCAAAUAGAGCAAAUAGAUAGUGGAGGUUGCCAUCACACAGGUGUAACACUUGAAUUUGUUGAACAUUAUCAGGUUCUCCUAGACCCACUGCUCACGUCUGUCUAGAUCUCUCUGGAUAGCAUCCCAUCCCUCAAGUGUGUCGACUGCAUCACACAGCUUAAUGUCAUCUGCAAAGAUGCUGAAAGUGCACUCAAUCCCACUUCUCACUGAUCUUAUCCAGACACUGAGCCAUUGACCACUACUUUCUGGGUACAAUCUCACAACCUUCCCUUGUCCACUGAUACAGUCAUGUCAUCACAGAAGAAAAUUAGGUUGGUCAGGCAAUAAUACCACCAAAAUUCUGAUGCUGCUCUGGCAAUGAUGAGAAAAUUUUGGACUUUACAUUGAAGCUGUAUAGAGAAUAGAAAGUUGUAUGUACAAAAAGACUUGCCUUGGCAGAGAAGGGGGUCAGUGAGACAUAUGUUAGCUUACAGCAGGGCAAAUGGAAAACUGCUGGAGGAAGAGUUAGGAUAUGGAGACUAGUCUGUAGUUUUGUUUUGUUGGUGGUGGAUUUUUUGAGGUAAGACUCUAGACUGUAUUUUCUUUUUUUUUUUCUCUCUCUAUUAGACAUUUUUUAAUAGCAUCUAACUAACUUCUUCUGUGAUUUGUUUCACUCACUCAAGAAAUAUAUAUACAAAUAUAUAAAUAUAUAUACAUAUACAUAUAAGAAAGCAGGCCUUCUUAGAAGCAUUUCAGAGACAAAAGCAGCUUGCUUGUGUUAUGGAAGGUAGAGCCACCAAUUAAAGACCUGGGUUGGUGAAAGGUUUUGUUUGUGGUUUUAUUUUUUUGUUAAUACAUAAUAUGUGUACCUCACAAGAUAUUUCACAAGUUUAAAGCCCAGAUGAGUCCUUGUAUACCACUUUGUAAGGAAAUAGUUUAUCUCUGUAGUUAUGAAUUAGAUCUUAUACAAUGCAAAUUUUACGUAAGAAAAUUUAUUCUUUAUGAUGAUUAUUGCCACCUCAUUACCGUGUCUUAGAAUGAAAGGCUAAAUUAUGGUAAACCUACUAAAAUUCUGAUAUUAAGCUAUAAUAACUUCCAGUUUUCUUUGGAAAAGUCUUGGACACUGUACCAGUUCUUUCUACAGCGCUGUGAUAAUAACCAUCUCUUUUCAUGCAUGUUAGCAUACAUUUGUGAGCAAGUCACCAUAUGAUUAACCAGAUUACUGGAGUAUACUGGUAAUUACUGGUAACUAAAAUGAUUUGUUGUUCACCCCCAGUUUCCAAAAUCUUGCAUGGCUUUAAUAUAAUAUGAGUUUUAUCUUUUUAUUUAACUAUAGUACAUUAUGUACUUUUUAAGAGGUUUAAAUUAUAUAUCUAAGCUACAAAACUUUAUUAAUGCCCACAUGUUUCUGGGAACUGAAAGGGAAAAAUACAUUUAAAUCACAUUGUCUCACAUUUUUCAGAACAGUAUAAUUUUGGUUGAUUUAGGCAAUUUUCCUGUCUAUUUUUAGGAAACUUAACAAGCCAACAUUUAAUUAAAUUUGACACUGUAUAGUUUGCCUAGCAAAUAUCAAUUCAUUUAGAUUAUUGUGAUGACAAAGUAUUGACAUUCCAAAGAAAAAUUUCUAAAUGGUGUAUUAUUCCCUUUUAGAAGUGUACAAUGUAUCAUCCUGUUGUGA